AUGCCUGCCGUCGUCCGAGGGAGUGGGCGAUCCAAUUCCCAAGAUCCAACUUCACCAUCAAGUCCUAUCCACGAUCGACGAGUAACCUUCGACCAAGUUCGAGACGAGCCUUCCUCUCCAGCGCGAAUAGCCUCUCCACGACAAUCUACCUCGAAUCGACGGCAAUCCUCCCACCAUCACCGUGAUAGCGACCUCAACGAGGCAAAUCGCCUGGCAUACUAUGACAGUCGAGCAGCUACUCGACAGGAAUUCAAGCGGCGCGGCAGCACGCUGCAAUCCUACUAUCUCGCACACCCUGAACUGCUGCCCCAGCUGCCGUUCACAUUCCGCCAUGGAUUCAAGCGGUGGAAGCUGGCGGGCUACAUCUCGUUGAUGGUCUUCGACGCCUGUAUCGUGCCCAUCUUGCUCUACUACACCAUGACAUAUGGAGGAAAUGUCCAAGGAUACAUCACAUUUGCAGUUGUGACUGCGAUCUGGGGAGGACCUACAUAUGUUGAGUUCGCAGUACGAUCUCUGCGGCUGAUCAAGAAAGAGCAUUUUUUCAAGCCGCUCGGGGCGAAUCAAAGAUGGGCCUUCGAUAUCACGAAUUGGAUAUUGGUCCUUACAAUCACCACAGUCACAGCGCUUUUGAUUGUCGGCGCCGCACCACAUAUCGUGUUCCUACGGGUCCUCUCAAUGCCGGGGCCUGCUAUCUUGUAUUGCUUGUCAGGCCCGAUCUUCCUCAUGUCUCUAUACAGUGCAUGUGGUUGGAAAGCACCCUUUCGGAUCAGCUCAACUGCCAAGGGAGAGAAGGUCUUGCCUGGUAUUUAUUACAUCGUGGAAGAUAUCGUGGCUGUGAACGCAGGAGGUGGCAGACCGUUCCGAGAGGGAUGGGCUGCUAGAUAUAACGCGAGUCCUAUCUUCCGAAAGAUGAUCAGAGACCAAUCCUGGUUCUGGUCCAUUCCUGGGUUGUUCGUUGCAGUGGCAUGUACAGUGGUGAUUUGCAUCCACCCUGUGCCGAGGCCCGUUGCGUAUGGCAUUGGAUGGGCCGCGCCGUUUAUUUGGGCUGCUAUUUGGGCAGCGAUUACUGUACCUUGGGUACGAUCGGCACUGGCGAAGGAGAAGAAGAGUUGGGAAGAGGACUCGGCGAGUGUAAUUGACGAAGAGCAGAAACCCGCGCCUCCACCAGUCGCACCGGGGCCGUUGCCAGGGAAAGCAUCUGAGUCUUCUACGCUACGGGGUUCUGAGGCCGAUCGACAUGGGGAAACGAACGAGACGACUGAGACGAAAGACAUGACUGAGAAGAAGAAUACUGCCAACCUUGAUGGGGGAGAGAGUUCAUCGCGGCCAUCUGAUGGAACGACUAUUUGA